AUGGAGCCAAACAGCGACCCACCACCAUUCUGGUCGCCGUCGCCACCCAUCCGCCGCCCUAGAUCCUAUUCUCCACCCUUCAUUUCUUUGCCGCUUUUGAUUAUCCUCUUACCCACGCUAGCUUUGAUUCUCUUGUUCUUUGCUAUCCGUCCGCUUCUUUCACUCACCAAUCAAGUUUACAAACCUACUUCCGUGAAGAAAAGCUGGGAUUCCUUCAAUGUUUUCCUUGUUCUCGUUGCGAUUAUCUGCGGCAUUUUCGCUAGACGAAACGACGACGUACCGACUACCGCCGAUGCAGAUAGCCGUGGUUCUGAUCAAAGGACGGUUGUUGACACUGGUGGAGUUAAGGUGAACGGAGACUCGGAGUUGUCGCAGGAGUGGUUUGGAUUUUCGGAGAGGAGAUUUUCUGAUCCGAUGGGGAGAGCGCCGGUGACGACGAGGUUGAGGAGGAAUAGCUCUUAUCCAGAUCUGCGGCAGGAAUCGCUAUGGGAGAAUGGUAACGAUGGUAUCAAUCAGUUCCGAUUCUUUGAUGAUUUUGAAAUAAAUAAGUAUCGUUCGCGAUCCUUCGUGUAUCGAACGCGAGGAAAUGAAAGAGAAGAAUCUCCGGCGGAGAUUAAGGUUAUUCCGGUUGAUUCGUUUGUGGCGAAUUCCUCGCCGGCGCCUGAGAAGAUAAAGUCUCAGUCUCCCAAUCCUCCGCCUCCACCACCGCCGCCACUGCCGGUAACUCAGAGGAAACCGAGACGGACGUAUCAGAAUAUUCAGAAAAAGGAGGAAAUUCCAGAGAAUAAAGCUGAAUUCACGCCGCCGCCUCCACCGCCACUUCCGCCGCGAGCAGUUAUCCCACCGUCGCCGGUUCGUGUUAGAUUGGAGGAGAAAUUUGGAAAGAGUGUACGAAAGAAAACGAAUGUUAAGAAAGAAAUAGCAAUGGCGUUGGCUUCACUGUAUAGGAAGAGAAAGAGAAAACAAAAAACUAAAGAUGCCUACGACGUCGACCGACGAUCUCCAACCGAACAACGACCACCGCCGCCGCCCCCACCUCCGCCUCCUUCCUUCUUCCGCAUAUUCAAAAAAUCAAGCAAAAACAAGAGAGUUCACUCCGAAUCUCCCCCACCGCCGCCUCCGCCACCACCGCCUGCCCCAUUAUCAUCCCGUUCGACAAAGAGGAAAAUCCAGAUCCCGCUUCCACCUUCACCACCGCCACCACCACCAUCACAGCAGCGAAACUCCACCACUAAUCGCCGACCACCUCUACCAACGAGCGUCCGUAAUUCCUACAUCGAAAACCAAAGCAUUAACAGCCGAACAAAGAGUCCCAUACGAACUAUUCCACCGCCGCCGCCCCCUCCUCCUUCGUUCAAAACGACGACGGACGUGAAAUCCACAGUUGGAAGCGACACUGUCGGGUCACGAAGCUCCGAAACCUCCCGUUGCGGAUCUCCGGAUCCGGAAAACGUCAAUUCGCCGGCCAGCAGCGGGGCCGGAGUGGGGCCGGUGUUCUGUCCUAGCCCGGACGUUAACGUAAAAGCUGCAAAUUUCAUUGCGAGGUUGAGAGAUGAAUGGAGGUUGGAGAAGAUGAAUUCGGUUAGAGAGAAAGAAAGAUUGGGCCAAGGCCCAAAUUAUGAGAUAACAACGGGCCUUGGCCCAAAUGUUUAA